UUAUAUGGUAUUUCGAACUUCCCAAGUCUUCUAUCAUCAGCACUGCAGAUAUGGCGACGAAUUUUUCUCGCCUGCCUCCACUUCCACCACUGCGUGAGUUCAUCCACAUGUAUCGCCUACGAGCCAAGAGGGUGUUGUCUCAGAAUUAUCUUAUGGACAUGAAUCUUACGAGGAAGAUCGUACGACAAGCAGGUGUUCGACCAGGUGAUUGGGUCUGUGAAGUGGGACCAGGACCAGGUGGCAUAACUCGUGCUAUACUGGAGGCCGAAUUUAUUGAGCCGAAGCUUCAAGAUGCGUUCGUCUUUUCGGCAUUCAUCAUGCUGAGUGUGUUGAAGGACGUACAUU